UCACUGAUGAUUCUUGUUUGUUUUUUUCAGAAACCUUAAUGGAUUCAACGACGGCAACAGCAGAGUUGGGCUGGACUGUCCAUCCGUCCUCCGGGUGGGAAGAGGUCAGCGGGUACGAUGAGAACAUGAACACCAUCCGGACGUACCAGGUCUGCAACGUCUUUGAGUCGAGUCAGAACAACUGGCUGAGGACCAAGUACAUCCGGCGGCGGGGAGCGCACCGCAUCCAUGUGGAGAUGAAGUUCUCGGUGAGGGACUGUAGCAGCAUUCCCAACGUUCCCGGCUCCUGUAAGGAAACCUUCAAUCUCUAUUAUUACGAGUCGGACUUUGACUCGGCCACCAAGACGUUUCCCAGCUGGAUGGAGAAUCCCUGGUCCAAGGUGGACACCAUCGCCGCCGACGAGAGCUUCUCCCAGGUGGAUCUGGGCGGCCGCGUCAUGAAGAUCAACACCGAGGUGCGCAGCUUUGGACCGGUCUCUAAAAAUGGCUUCUACCUGGCGUUUCAGGAUUAUGGUGGCUGCAUGUCGCUCAUCGCCGUCAGGGUCUUUUACAGGAAGUGCCCGCGGGUGAUCCAGAACGGGGCAGUAUUCCAGGAGACCUUGUCUGGGGCGGAGAGCACCUCUUUGGUGGCGGCUCGAGGGAUUUGUAUACCGAAUGCCGAGGAGGUGGAUGUGCCGAUAAAACUGUACUGCAACGGAGACGGGGAGUGGCUGGUGCCCAUCGGGCGGUGUAUGUGUAAAGCGGGCUACGAGUCGGUGGAGAACGGGACGGUGUGCCGAGGGUGUCCCUCUGGGAUGUUCAAGCCGAAUCAGGGUGACGAGAGCUGCCUGCACUGCCCCAUAAACAGCCGCACCACCUCGGAGGGGGCCACCAACUGUGUGUGCCGAUCGGGGUACUACCGAUCGGACUCAGACCCCCUGGAGAUGCCGUGUACCACCACUCCAUCGGCUCCACAGGCGGUCAUCUCCAGUGUGAAUGAGACCUCUCUGAUGCUGGAAUGGUCUCCUCCUCGAGAUUCUGGUGGCCGUGAAGAUUUGGUCUAUAACAUCAUCUGUAAGAGCUGUGGAUCUGGUCGUGGCGCCUGCACACGCUGUGGAGAUAAUGUACAGUUUGCUCCCCGGCAGCUGGGCCUCACCGAGCCCCGAGUUUACAUCAGCGACCUCCUGGCCCACACACAGUACACCUUUGAGAUCCAGGCUGUGAAUGGAGUGACCGACCAGAGUCCAUACUCGCCGCAGUUUUCUUCCGUCAACAUCACCACCAACCAAGCCGCUCCAUCCACCGUCUCCAUCAUGCACCAAGUCAGCCGUGCCGUGGACGGCAUUACCUUGUCCUGGUCUCAGCCGGACCAACCCAAUGGGGUCAUACUGGACUACGAGCUUAUGUAUUAUGAGAAGGACCUAACGGAACACAAUUCCUCUGUGGUAAAAAGUUCCACCAACACUGUGACGGUGCCCGGCCUGAAAGCUGGGACCAUCUACGUCUUCCAGGUCCGAGCGCGGACCGUGGCUGGCUAUGGGCGCUACAGUGGAAAGAUGUACUUCCAGACCAUGACAGAAGCCGAAUACCAGAGUAGCUUCCAAGAAAAACUGCCGCUUAUCAUUGGCUCGUCUGCCGCAGGUCUGGUGUUCCUCAUCGCCCUGGUGGUCAUCAUCAUCGUCUGCAACAGAAGACGAGGCUUCGAGCGCGCCGACUCGGAGUACACCGACAAACUGCAGCACUACACGAGUGGACACAGUACGUACCGACUGCCCUCUCCACCUCUAGCGCCGCGUUCUCUCGUUGUGACUCCAGGGAUGAAAAUUUACAUCGACCCUUUCACAUAUGAGGAUCCCAAUGAAGCAGUGCGGGAGUUUGCCAAAGAAAUCGAAAUUUCCUGUGUGAAGAUCGAGCAAGUGAUUGGAGCAGGGGAGUUUGGGGAAGUUUGCAGCGGACAUCUGAAGCUCCCAGGUAAGCGGGAGAUGUUUGUGGCUAUCAAGACUCUGAAGUCGGGGUAUACAGAGAAGCAGCGGCGAGAUUUCCUGAGUGAAGCCAGCAUCAUGGGGCAGUUCGAUCACCCCAACGUCAUCCAUCUGGAAGGAGUGGUCACCAAGAGCGCGCCCGUCAUGAUCAUCACAGAGUUCAUGGAGAAUGGAUCGCUGGACUCCUUCCUCCGGCAAAACGAUGGUCAGUUCACGGUGAUCCAGCUGGUGGGAAUGCUGAGGGGGAUUGCCGCGGGAAUGAAGUACUUGGCGGAUAUGAAUUACGUGCACCGGGAUCUGGCCGCUCGGAACAUCUUGGUGAACAGCAAUCUGGUGUGUAAAGUCUCUGACUUUGGACUGUCGCGAUUUCUGGAGGACGACACCUCGGAUCCCACGUAUACCAGCGCCCUGGGAGGGAAGAUCCCCAUACGGUGGACGGCACCAGAAGCCAUUCAGUACAGAAAGUUUACAUCAGCCAGCGAUGUCUGGAGUUACGGCAUAGUCAUGUGGGAAGUGAUGUCCUAUGGAGAGCGGCCAUACUGGGAUAUGACCAAUCAGGAUGUUAUAAAUGCCAUUGAGCAGGAUUACCGCCUGCCACCUCCAAUGGAUUGCCCCAACGCUCUUCACCAGCUCAUGCUGGACUGCUGGCAGAAGGACCGCAAUCACCGGCCCAAGUUUGCUCAGAUAGUCAACACAUUGGACAAAAUGAUCCGAAAUCCCAACAGUUUGAAGGCUAUGGCACCUCUGUCCUCAGGGGUGAACCUACCUCUCCUGGACCGCACCGUCCCUGAUUACACCAGCUUCAACACGGUGGACGAGUGGCUGGACGCCAUCAAGAUGGGGCAAUACAAGGAGAGCUUCGCCAAUGCCGGAUUCACAUCCUUCGAUGUUGUCUCCCAGAUGACCAUGGAGGACAUUCUCCGGGUUGGAGUCACUUUGGCCGGCCACCAGAAGAAAAUCCUCAACAGUAUUCAGGUGAUGCGGGCGCAGAUGAACCAGAUCCAGUCGGUGGAAGUUUGAUGGCUGGAAGGCUUCCUCAUCCUGACUCUUCCUGAUGUUCCUGGGUUCCGAGCCAUCCCUUCCUCCCCCCUGAACCCCUCUUGGUACAAUGAAGUUUCCAUAUUGUUCUCCCCCCCCCUCCAAAUACCACCAUGAUGGUUCCACGCAAAGGGAGGAGCUUCCCUGGGAUGGAGCCUGGGGGGGCAGACGGUGGUGUGAAGAAUAUUUUAUACACAAUGAACCUACAAAUAAGGGCUUGUAUCAGCUGAGACAUCUGAUUGGAUGGGCUCUAAGAGUGCUGCCCCAGGUGACAACCCAUGUCUGUACCACCUGACCCCUAGCGGAACUUACAAAUGGGGGGGGGGUGUGCUUUGAUUGGCUGAGAGGGAAAGAGUGAGUUCAUUGUAUAGAGAGAGACGUUUGAAGACGUAUUUCCAUGAAAUGGACGGGUUGCUUGUGGGAAUAAAGCUCUUCAUUUUGAAGAAGACGAUAUGAGAGCCGCCGUGGCCUUCCGUGGAAGGAAGACGCCUCCGAGACUCGUAGUGUUUGAACAAAAGACAAAAAUCCUUUUUAGCUGAAACCGUUUUGUGAGUUCUACGUUUUACAGGCACGUGCCCAACGCCAACGACAUUUCAUCCAUAUCAUGUGAUGGUGAUGAUGUCAUCAUCGCUUUGCCAAUCACCUUCCUCCAGAAACUCUCCGUAGAUUCGAAUGACAGAACUGGGAAGUGUACGAAGCAGAAAGAAGUCGUUUUGUCGUUAAUGUUGUCGUCGUUUUGGAAAUCUGUUACUUUGUUUACACCCAUUUGACGUUUUUUUUACAUUAUUUUUUGACUUUCGGUACUCAGAAAAAAAACUAUUUUAAAGACAAAAAUGGACCGCGCCAUUCUGCCGGCACAUCAGUUCCCUUCCAAUUGGCUGAUCGGCUGGUAACGGACUGUAAGACGCCGCCCACUUUCUGUCUGGCCUCCCGGAGCGCAGCUUAUUAUAUAAGCUUUUCCUGGCUAGUGAUUGGACGGCAGGGGUCUGAGCGCAGCACAGCAGCCUCACUUUGGGUUUGUAUUUUGAGGUUGGCAUUCCGCUGAUCCCAGUCUGGCACUUUACUGAUUGGUGCGGUCACUGGAUGAGGCUUCCCGGCCAAUCGACAUCCACCUAUCACAUGACCGCGCUCCUGCCCUGUGGGGGGAUGGGAUUGUGAUUAAAGACAAUGCUUCCUACAUCUAGUCACGGGGGGUGGGGUGUGUACCGUCCAUGUCGUCAUGUAUGUCCGCUGUAAGCAGAACCCAUGCCCACCCACCUCCCAGGAGUCUGUGACAAUCACAUGGGACAGUCGUGGCUUCUCUAGGCCAUUACGCCGCACACACUCUUCCACGUCUGUCACAAAGGACGUCCCAGCAGAGGCUCCUUCCACUGGUCCGGGGGAGUCUCACCGUCCUGACAGCCAUGUGUCCGUCUUCCGGAAUGGGCGCCUACAGGCCAAUCCUUGUAGGACAUCAUCUAACCUGUAUUAUUAUUAAGCACAUUCCAUUACCAGCCAAUCCCUACCCACCAUUCUCACCAGCCAAUCGCUUUUAUAUUUUACUCCAGUCUAUGUGAAGUUGCCAACGCUACAGACAGCGCAGGGUGUAGAUUGAGCGGGCGUUCAGUGUCACCCGGGGGAGGGACUUGUAUGCUGGGGGAGGGGUUGUCUUCUGAUAACUAAUCACUGCCCUGUACAGCCAGAUGAGCCAGGCGUUUGGGGGCAGCACCGAGGGCUACACAGUUCUCCUUGUAUUCUAUUGCAGGACCCAAUCCGGUGACCCCGGGGCUCAGGAAUAACUGUCAUUGGUCACCCCAAUUACAACCAUCUAGACAGAGACCUUCCCUCCCUGCUCCAUGUCCUCUAGUAAGGGUAGAUUAGGGGAACACCUCCACGACGGUGGUGCAGGAGGGCUGUGUGUUGGGGUUCAGGCAUGUGCCCUCCACCCAUAACGUUCUCCUGUAAUGGCGCCUGGUAAACAGCAAUGAAUCGAGAACAAUGGUUCGGGGAUGAGUCCGCUCUCUCUGCCGGUUCUGGGAAAUGGCAUGUGGGCAGAUCCCUGGGAUCGUUAUGGUGGGGGGGACACAGCUAUUUUCAGAAAGUAUAGACAGGUCAGUGGAGUCCUAUCCACGUGUUGGUUAUCCUGAGCAGUUAUUUGUGUGAUGGAAAGAUGGCUGCCGUUGUCUGAUGAGGACUGCGGCCAACGUUACCCCACAUCACAGGUACACCAUCACUGCACCUCCACUGGGGGCCACAGGUUGGUAUUGUGUGACAGUGUCUGAAGAACUAACAAUAACCCUCGAAGGAGAGGACACCCCCACCCCCCCAGCCACCAUGUUUACAAAGGAUUAUGGGAGUGGAUGGUGAGUGUGUUGUCUGCAGUCUCCUACCCCUCACCAGCACUUCAUGUUACAUUAUAGAGGACUAAGGGCCCUUGGUGGACAGUGAGCCGGGCCCCAAACUCCCUCCUGCUAUCUGUUGUCUGAGCCCCCCUUUGUUUACAUUGUACCCCAAGAUGAAGCAAUGAAAACACUGUGAGCCACUGUCCAGCCCGGGAAAUCAGUGUACAUCGAUCGUAUGCACCGCCAAUACGACUGAACGAUUCUUGUCAAUAACUCAAUAAAGACUUUGUUUAUAAAAGAAAA